CUCGAGGAUGUGUCAGCAGCCUGCGUGGAAGCAGGAAGAAGCUGCUCGGAGGGGUAUAAAUUUGGAUGGGCAAAGCAGGCUGAGCCACCUUGAGGAGACAGCGCAAGGAGAAGAGGUGAGCUGAGCUGAGCUGCCUGCAGGGUCCAUGCUUGAGCACUGCUCUUCCAUUGACCUGGAGGGUGCUGAUGCUGGGCUGGGAGCCCUGUUUGGUUCAGGACGAUGGAGCAGGGGAGGUUUUGUGCUGCUUUGCUUACUGGGAACUUGAAGGGGGGAGGGCACUGCCUUUGUGAUCCCCUUAUUCCUAUCCUAGUUAGAAGGGGAAACUUCUGGCCAAUUUUAAUCUGGUGGUUCUCCCCUCUCCUCUCCCCCCCCCCCCAGCUCACAUUCAGGGCAGAAAAGCUUCAGCUGCCUAAUUCUGCCUUUGCCGACCAAAUGUUCUUGGACUACAUCUCCCAUCAGUCAAUGCAACCCUGGCAAAGUCUAAUGGGAGUUGUAGUCCAGGAACAUCUGGAGGGCCCCAGGUUGGUGGUCUAAGUGAUGUAGAAAAUAUGUCUAAGAGCAAUGAGAGAUGGGGAUGGGGAUGGGGAUGGGGAAUUGGGACAGGGCUGAGGCAGGAAUUUGGAGGGGAUGCUGGAACAAGGCUGAGAGUCAGAUCAGGGGGCUGUGUUUAUGGGAAGGCCGCUGAUUUAGUUUUGACCCUUCUUCUUCUUCUUGGCAGAUCUGUUCCUUAAACGGCGGUGUCUGCAACCCCCCAGCCGCAAAAGAUGACUCUGAAGGCAGCAGCCUUGAUCCUCAGCCUUUUGGCUAUCACAGGUAACCCAGAAGGGCUCUGCUGAUCCUGUUAUCUGCACUCACUCUGGUCCUAUUUCCAACUGUUGAAUUCUAAAUAUUGUUCGGUCUUUGUAAAUUCUCACUGACCCAUUUCUUGUUGCGCUGGCUGGCCAAGGCAUAGCUGGAGAAAUGCUAUAUAGCUCAGAUCUCGGAAUGUACCGAGCGAUGGUUGUCUUGCAGCUCAGGUUUAGCAAAUCAGUGUGAUUAACCUAAAAUCUUGUGAGUCGGGCACAGCAGAAUGAUUCUUUACUAAAGAGCUUUGCCCAGUUGUUACAAUUAUUAUUAUUAUGAUUCCCUGCCCAUCUGGCUGGGUUGCCCCAGCCAUUCUGAGUGACUUCCAACACAUAAAAACAUAACAAAACGUCAAACAUUAAAAACUUCCCGAUACAGGGUUGCCUACAGAUGUCUUCUAAAAAUUGUGUAGUUCUUUAUCUCCUUGGCAUUUGAUGGGAAGGCGUUCCAAAGGGAGGGCACCACUGCUGAGAAGGUCCUCUGCCUGGCAAUAACAUUGUUUGAGAAACCUCAAUGAACUGGCCAGGAGAAAAGCAAACCGAGAGACUGGAUUUCAGAGUGGAGGCAGAUCAGGCUGAAACAGGGUGUCUGCUUGAAACGGAAAGGAGUAUUGCCAAAUCUGGGCACCGUAGAAAGAGGCAUGUGGCUAGCCUUUCUGUGCUGGGCUGGCUGCAUACAUUAAACUUGGCAGCCUUGCUGAUAGGCCUCAUCUGUUUGAAGAAGUCUUGGUCCUGAUGCUGGAAUGAAGCUAUAUGGCUUUAGCAGAAAUGUUAUAAAGAAUUAAGUAAAAAUAGAUUGUUAAUGGACCAAAGUGGAAAAUUUAAGGUUAGAUUGUGUUAAGAUAAAUUAUAGAACAAAAAUUGAGAAAGAUGGAAAGGAUUUGCUGAAAUAGCUAAUUGAACUAGAAUACAAAAAAGGGAGGUGUGAGGAGGUCGAUGAAACAAGUAAAUGAAAGGUAAAGAUACAGAAAUAUUGAAUGUGUUUUUAAAAAUGUUUUUGUUUUUCUUGUUGUUUCCCUGUAUUGCUUUUUGUUUUUUUUUGUUUUUUGUUUGUUUUAUUUUUGAUGUAUUGUAAGGUAUUGUUCUGUUUUGUUUAAUUUUUUAUUGUUUCUUUUUUCUUCUUUCUGUAACUUUUAAACCUCUAAUAAAUCUUUAAAAAAAAAAAAAGAGAAGAAGUCUUGGUCCUACCCAGACUUGAUGGAUAUGUGCAUGCAUUCUUAAAGGGAAGUGUCUGUGUGGUUCUCCCAGUAUUCCCAGAAAUUAUGGGAGUUCAGCUGUGGCUUUGCAGACACGUGGGACAUUGGCAAGUGGCAGAGGAGUUGGGAUGGGAGGCUGUGAGUCGGGUCACACACAGCACCAACCUGCUCCCUCCUCAUCCUUGCAGGGGCCCAGGCCGAGAUCAACGCCGACCAAGUGACUGAUGUGAUCUGGAAGUACUUCACCGAUAUGGGCAACAAUGCCAAGGAGACGGUGGAACAAGUCCAGCAGUCAGAGGUCAGCAAGCGGCUCAAGUGAGUAGCUGUUUCCUCUGGGGCCGGUGGAGGUGGGGAGUGCUCAUGAUUAAAAAGUGAUGUUUUAAAUUUAAAAUCUAGGUGGUUUUUGAGGUCCUCUCAGAGCCUGUGCAAUACCUAAACCAGCAAACACACCAAGAAUGAGCAAAAUAUAAGGCAGGGUUGGGGGUCAUGUUUCUGUGGUUAUUUUGCCGGGGCGGGGGGUGGAGGAUUCUCCGGGAGAUGAUAAUCUGCUGGAUUGGGUGAAGUGCUGCAUGCAGGCAUUUCACUACACGUGGCUUGCCCUUGUUGGAGGGCAGGGGUGGGGAGUCUCUGUCACUGUCUCAUGCAGCACCAAAAGACAUGCCUCUUUGGGGGCUGCGCUGCCCCACAGAUCAGCUGACUGGUGCAGCAUCGCAGUCACGCCAGCCAGCCAGAUGGAGAUAUUAGGUGCCAAACCUGGCAACCAAACAUCUCCACUUCCUCUCAAAACGUGCCUAGUGCCCAGCUAAUUUUGAACCCUGGCUCUUGAGGGCCAGGUGUAUAGGCCUGGGGAGCCAUACCUUGACCUUCCAGGCCUGAGGCGCCUCACCUUUGGUGUAGGGUUCAAGCUCUGAACUGCUGUCCUCCCUGAACGGGCUUAGAAGGGACAGGAUCAGCCUGGGAACAAACCUCAGGGUUGGGACACAAGCGCAGGGGGGUAUCCUGGUGGGAAAGGGCCACGGCUCCUGCGCUGCGUGCUGCAGCAGUGGAGUAGGAUGGGCACCUGUGGCCACCGGGCGCCCGAGGGAAAUCCACGGCAGCAGGAACGCUGAAACUCCCAAGCGUUUUGGGAGCCAAGGAGUUCUUGUCUGUCUGCUCACCUCUCUCCUCCUGCUCCUCCACAGCACCCUCUUCCAGGACAACUUCCAGGCCCUCAACACCUAUGCCGGGGAGCUGCAGAACAGGCUGGUCCCCUUUGCCACAGACAUGUACCUUCGGCUGGCAGAAGAUUCUGAGAAGCUGAAGCAGCAAAUCCAGAAAGAGAUACAGCAGCUCCAAGCCCAGUUGGCCCCUCACGCUAAUGACGUCGAUUCAGCAAUCAGCAGGAAUAUUCAGGAGCUGCAGGCCAAGCUGGCCCCUUAUGCAGAGGAGCUGAAGACCCAGGUGAACCAGAAUGCUGGAGAGCUGCGCAGGAAGCUGGAGCUCCUGGCCCAGGAGGUGCAGGCCAAGCUGCAGGAGAACAUGGGAAGCCUCCAGACCUCUCUGUCUCCCUACGCCGAUGAGCUGCAGCAGCAGGUCAACCAGAAGGUGGAGGACAUCAAAGGGAGCAUGACGCCCUAUGCUGAUGAGCUGAAGGCCAAGGUGGACCAAACCAUGGCUGAGCUGCGGAACAGCCUGUCUCCCUACACCCAGGACGUCCAAGAGCAGCUGAACCGCCAACUGGAGGGAAUGUCUUUCCAGAUGAAGAAGAGCAUUGAGGAUCUGCGGGCCCAGCUCUUGGAGAGGACCGAGGAUCUGCGGCUCAAGCUGAGCCCUCUCGCCCAGGAGAUGAGGGAGAAGCUGCAGGGGGAUGCGGCUGACCUGCGUGAAUCUCUGACGCCCUACAUGGAAGGCUUGAACAAAAAGAUGGACCAGCAAAUCGAGGAGUUCCGCCAGGUGGUGGGGCCCUAUGGAGAGAACUUCAACAGGCUCCUGGUGCAGAAGGUGGAGGAGAUGAAGAAGAAGCUGAAGCCUUAUGCUGGUGAGAUGGAGGAUCACUUGAGCUUCCUGGAGAAAGAUGUGAGGGACAGGUUCAAUUCCUUCUUCGACAGCCUUAAGCAGAUGGCCAAUGAAAAGGCCGCUCUCCCUGCUUUGGAGGAAUAGUAGAAGGCACCCUAUAUUUCUGACACCACAGCCCCAGCGUGUCUUCUGCUUGAAGCCACCACCGAAACACCACCGAAAACAAGACUCCUGGCAAGAUUCAGGGUGCUGCAGCCCAGAAUAAAUGGGUGAGGAACUGGCUGUGACCCACUGGAGCCCCCAAUGCCCCUGAAUGUUUGGGGCAGUGCUGGCGGCCACAUUUCUAUUACUCUCUCUGUCCAUUGCUGCUAACAAUCUCCAUGCACUGUUGUGUGCCGAGACACACACUCUCUCUGCUGAAAUAAACGAACACCUCAGCAAUACCUGCAA